CGUGAAAUCCUUCAAAUAUAUUCUUAUUUAGGAUGCACUAUAUAAAGCAUUGCUCUUUCCGUCUCUCAAACCAGUAAUGCAAGCAUCUAGCUCUACUUUGUUAAUUUAAGAAUCAGUUUUAGUGUAAAUCAUCAUGCUGCAGAAAUCAACGGCAAUCGCCUUGUUGGCGAUUCUGUUUUUGAUAAAAUCUCCUGUGACGGCAUACACCUCAGGCAGCUCUGAUGGAGGAGGAGACGGAGGUUAUGGAGGCAGCUCAGGUCAAAGUGGUUACGGAGGCUCCUCUGGCGGAGGUCAAUAUGGGCCAAUGUCUGGCCAAUCGAAUUCGUUCGGCGGAGGCAAUCAACAAUAUGGAGGAGGAGGAGACGGCAGUAAUCAGUACGGAUCUGGAAUGAGUGGAGGCGGACAGUAUGGAUCUGGAAUGGGCGGAGGCGGCCAAUAUGGUUCUGGAAUGAGUGGAGGCGGCCAAUAUGGUUCUGGAAUGAAUGGAGGUGGCCAGUACGGAUCCGUAAUGGGCGGCGGUCAAUACGGAGGCGGAAUGGGUGGUGGUCAGUACGGAUCUGGAAUGGGCGGUGGUCAGUACGGUUCUGGAAUGGGCGGUGGUCAAUACGGAUCCGGCAUGGGCGGUGGUCAGUACGGAUCUGGAAUGGGCGGUGGUCAGUACGGAUCUGGAAUGGGCGGUGGUCAGUACGGCUCACGCGGAGGUUCUGGUAUGUACGGAGGCCAAGGAAACCAAGGUUACGGAAAUGGAGGCUCAUUUGGGGGACAAAAUGGAGGUUCAGGAGUUGGCGGCAGAAACCAAAAUACGUUUGCACCACCAGCUGCUAAAGUUUACUUCAAUUUCCUCUGGCCCAAGAAAAACCGAGGCAUGGAAGGAGGAAGAGGUGGCUCUGGGGGUUCUGGUAACUCCUUUGGCUCGCAAGGCGGUCAGUAUGGCUCUAGGGGUCAAAGCGGUGGUCAGUAUGGCUCUGGCGGUCAAGGGGGUGGUUACGGUGGAUCGAAUCAGUCUGGUAACGGUGGCGGGUAUGGACAAGGCCAAGGUCAGUAUGGUUCAGGAAUGGGUGGCGGUCAGUAUGGAUCCGGAAUGGGAGGUGGUCAGUAUGGAUCCGGAAUGGGAGGUGGUCAGUAUGGACCCGGAAUGGGAGGUGGUCCGUAUGGAUCCGGAAUGGGCGGUCAGAUGGGUGGUCAAUACGACUCAAGUUCUGGUCAGUCCGGAGGGUCAUUGAACCAGUACGGAAGUUCUGGAAGUCAGAGAUCCCAAGGUCAGUACGGCGGUGGCUCCAUGGGUGAGUAUGGAGGUUCAGCUGGCUCGUCCGGUGGAUACUGAGAGAUGAUAGUGCCACCGGCUACCCCCCCCCCCCCNNNNUAAAUCGGGAAGACUGACGGAACAAUGAAUCAGCCAUUUUAAUUAUCAUGACGCUCACAUUUACUUGUUUGGGAUGAUUUAAAUUGGUUUCAAAAUGUGAAGGAUGUUCUAUGCCAUUAUGUAUUCUUCAGAUUUAAACUAGUGGAGCCCUCACUUCAUGAGACUAAUUCUGCCAAUUUAAAAUGUUAAUUUGCAGCUCUGCGAAGUAAUUUUCUUCUGUUUGGCGUCAUCAAUGACGAGCGAUGAUGAGAAAUUCAGGAUUUUCUGCUUUUUUAAGUUCUUUUUUUCAUCUAACCCUAAUAGUUCAUGUCAAUCAAUAUUUUCAAGUCAUCAGAGUGCAUCUUGUAGUGGCAAAAUUUCUUCUGAACACGUAACCACAAAUUAUCAUUUUAAAUGGUUAAAUGAAACUGUAUUUGUUUUUAUAUUGAUACUUUCAACAUAAUUCGUUAGAUUUGCUGUGAGCAAAAUCAUCCAGGUAUUUAAACUUCUAAAGUUGCCUCUUUGACAUGAAGGGUUUUUUUGGCUCAGAAAUUUUCAAUAGACAAUUUAACAGAAAUAAAGUUAUAUUUUUCGGUAGAAAAAAUUCAUUGUUCAUUUGUGAUUUUAAUUUUGUUUUAAGAUUUUUUAUUUCAUGUGUUCUCUCACAAUUGCAAAUACCUUCGAUGUACUUCCUUUCGUGUGUGCUUUUAAUUUAUGUUAUUGUUAAGUUAUUAUAUUAUUGUUCAAGUUUAUAUGUCUCGUCAUUGCUUAAUUUCUCCCCACUGGUGGAUUUCUCUUCUUAAACUUGCCCUGAAAAAAAGGAAAAAUAGGUAAAAGUUUGAUCAGCUCCUCAAUUAUGUAUCUGAUAACGCAUUUUGAUCAGUAAAGCUGGGUCAAAAUUCAAGUAUGCUUAUGACAGAAAUUACCAUACUUUAGCGGCCAUUUUUUUAAAGGUGGCAAAUUUGGUUUUCCUCCAUCUAAUUGUAAGUAAAACAAUCGAGUCCUGGUGAAUUUUUAG